GUUGAUUAAUGCAGCUAGCGGUUAGCGGCAAUAAACACUGUCGAAACUGUUUUUACAGCAUAAGAUUGGAAGUUAAGUGGAGAUGGCUGGCGGCUCUGAAGAAGAAGAUAUAUUUGAGAAUAUUCUACUGGCGGAUGAAAGGUUCCGAGGGGAGGGCUACCGAGAGGGAUUUGAUAAAGGGACCCGCCGAGGACUGCAGGACGGUCGCCGACAUGGAACCGCUCACGGGGCAAAGCUCUCCACUGAGAUUUCCUUCUAUUAUGGGUUUGCCAUCACGUGGAAAUGUCUCCUCAAACACAACACAAAUGUCAAAUCCGGGAAGCGUAUGAAAGCAGUGGAGGCUCUCCUGGGUUUGAUCCAAAACUCCCCUCAUGAAGAUCCGCAGUCUGAAAAGCUACAGGAGCACAUGGAGAGACUACGUGCCAAGUUCAGACAGGUCUGCUCUAUGCUGAGUGUCCCGGCUGACUUCAAUGAUUACCUCAAAUCUUGCGAGGGGACUUCUUUCUGAACCCAGCCUGAUUGGGAGGAGAUGCUGAGACCACUCUGCGUCCUGGACAGAAGACGGCAAAGUCCUAUCCUUGGAUUGGUCUUCAUUUGGAUUAUUUCAGGGUCUGCAGUGAGUGCGUCAGAUUGACACUCCUCUUUGAGAUUAGUUUUUGCUUCACUUUCUGGUGGGAAUGUCAAACAUGUAGGAAAGAAUUUUGAAAUCUAAGGAUUCGACUGUGGCCACCGGAACGGUGUCUCACUAAGAAAGAAAUGGUUGUUUCUUGUUUGACUCUGGAAAAUGAGUUGAUCUUUUGCAGUAAUGUUGAAGCAACUAAAUUGAAACUGAACAAAGACAGCAGCAAAAGACACAAACAAAAAAUCUUAGAACA